AUGUUGAAAAGUUCACUCCUGUACGGUCUCUCUCUUCUUUCCAUUGCACCUCAAUUGUGUAAUGGAAGGGCGGUUGAGAGCGAAAAGCGUGCCUCGGCGGCACUGACUUGGAAGGCGUUGGGGGGUUCAAUCGUAGGCCACCCUGGUAUUAUCUCAUGGGCCCCUGACCGGACAGACAUCUUCGUCAGAGGAAGCGACAAUGCCGUAUAUCACAAAUGGCAACUUGGCAACCCAGGCACAGCAUGGGGCCCCAGUGAUACGGGCUUCCAGAACCUCGGAGGCUCCAUUCUCAGUGAUGUCACAGUAGUGUCUCGUGGCUAUGAUCGGCUGGAUGCCUUUGUUGUUGGUGCCGACAAUGCGUGCUAUCACGGGUGGUGGAAUGGUAGCUAUUGGUCGACAUGGGGAACUCUAGGCGGCGCCUUUGGCGGUGAUAUCAGUGCCGUAGCCUGGGGAAAUGGCAGAUUGGACCUGUUCGGUCGCGGUAUGGACAACGCAGUCUGGCACAGGGCUUGGGAUGGAGCCGCAUGGGGUGCAUGGGAGAGCCUUGGUGGUGCCGUUAUAGGAAGUCCAAAGGUAGUUUCCUGGGGCGCCAACCGACUUGAUGUGUUUGCAAGAGGCACAAAUAAUGGGGUAUAUCAUAUUGCCUGGAACGGCUCUUUAUGGUCAGGCUGGUAUAACCAUGGUGGGACGGUGCUGGAAGAUAUAACGCCCGUGUCCACCGCCCCAAACAGACUAGAUCUCUUUGUUCGUGGAGGAAACAAUGCUCUGUAUCAAAAGAACUGGAACGGAGCAGCUUGA